AAGGCUCCCAAGCCGCCCUGCGCCUGUUGCUAUGGCGACUGGGCAGGCGGCCGGAAGCGCGGCCUUGUUGGGGGCCCCAGUUGCCCGCCUCCCAGUAGCCGCGCCUCACCCCAGGCCAGGAAUGGUUUUAGGGAAGACUGUUGCCGGAUGACAAGGCUGUCACUAUUGUUCUGUACUACCUGACAUUAUGGGACCAGGCCAGCCAGCUUCAACCUGUGUUCAUCUAGCACCUAGGACCCAACUUGAUGGGAGGAGCGACCCCAAAGUACUUCAGACCCAGAACCAGCUGCAGUUUAAUAGGAAUGUUCCUACACAUUCAAGCAACUUGGCGAUCCGAUAUUCUUGCCCACAUGCCAUUAGAAUUGAAAAACUGAAGCACUCAUACAAUGAAUCAUACCAUUGUAAAGAUGCAGAUUGUAGAGUUGGUCCUGACCUAGGCAGUUCUGUUUCAUUUUCCGUCAUAUCCCAAGAGAGACUUAGCUAUGCUGUCCACCUAGCCAGAAGAGAUGUGAAACGAAGACAAUUUGAAAAACAUAUAAAAGAACAUCAUCUCAGAAGUCAGCCUCAAAGCUCUCAGAAGUGUGGACAUACUAAGUAUAAAAUACCCGACCACAGGGUGGAAAGGAAGGAAUCAAAGAGUCAAGCAGCCUGUCAGUGCAGCCACCAGCCAUCCAAAGUAGAAAUCUCCAGCUCCGGUGCCAAAGUAUACCUUUACUCAUCUCAUCCAGGCCAGUCAGAUCUUACUGUGCCAAAUUCGCCACCCACCCAUGAUCCGGGACUUCAGCCUCAUCCCAGGAUAGGUGACCACAAAAACAUAAGUGAACAGAAAAGCCUGCUAGAAGUCCAGCGACUCCAGAAAGAACUGAGUAGUUGUAUCCACAAAAUUGAAGAGGUAACUAAAAAAGAUAGACUAGAAGAAGCUUUGGAUCCAGAUGAAGAACGUCGAAUCCGUAUCAGGAGACAGGAGCAAGCUGCUCGCUCUGCCCGAAUGCUCUACGUCCUCCAGCAGCAGGUAAAAGAAAUCCAGGAAGCAUUGGAUAAAUUGAGUCCACAUAAAAUUAAACACACUAAGAAGUCAUGGGCAAUGUCUAAGCUGGCGGCUGCCCAUCGAGGAGCCAUUCGGGCCUUACAGAUGUUUGUCACUCAGUUUACUGACCGAGGGGAGCAUCCACUUCCUGCUCGGUGUAAGGAACUGGGCAGCCUUAUUCGCCAGCUUUCACUUUGUUCUGUCAAGCUGGAUGCAGACCCUUCUGUUCCUGAUGUGGUUAUAGAUAUUCUGCAACAAAUUGAGGCUUUGGAAUCUCUCCUGGAAAAGAAACUGUCACCAAAAAAGGUGAAAAAAUGUUUCAGUGAAAUUCGGAGCAGAUUUCCUAGCGGUAGCCAAAAGGCCUUGGAGAGAUGGCCAAGUACAUCACCAAAGGGUGAGAGGAGGCCCCUCACAGCAAAGGACACAUUCCCACAGGAAACAAGUCGACCUUCUGUAGCAAAGCAGCUUCUUGCCGAUAAGUAUCAGCCCGAUAUGGAGCUUCCGGAGACCCAGAGGUUGCAGAGUGAGCUUGAUGUAUUAGAUGCGGAUAUAGUUCCGGAAGAAGGACCAUUUAUUCUAGACCAAAGUGCAAGCUUCAAAGACGAGGUGUUAGCCGUGGCAAAAACAAAAGCAGUGAAAAAGAAGCCUGUGACUGAGAAUGUGCCAUUUAGGAAGAAAGAUACUCUGGUGCCAGCAAGACAGCAAGGACUCUGCAAAGCUGAAAGAGGUAGACAAAGCCAACCUCACAGUAAAAGCAGAGUGCAGCAGACAACAGUUUCAUCCAGAUUAAAAAUGAACCGGCAGCCUGUGAAAGACCACAAGGCACCAUGGAUACCCCCAAACCCCACAUCCCCACCAGCGUCUCCUAAAUGUGCCGCAUGGCUAAAGGUGAAAACUAGCCCCAGAGAUGCCACAAAAGAGCCUCUCCAGCAAGAAGAUCCUCAAGAGGAGAGUCACCUGACAGGUGCUGUUGAGCAUGAAGCAGCCAGGCUCGCUUGGCUUGAUGCUGAAACUUCCAAAAGAUUGAAGGAACUAGAAGAGUUAAAAGCCAAGGAAAUUGACAACAUGCAAAAACAGAGGCUUGAUUGGCUUGAUGCUGAAACUUCUAGAAGAACAAAGGAACUGAAUGAGCUCAAAGCUGAAGAAAUGUAUAGACUCCAACAAUUGAGUGAUUCUGCUACCCACUUAGCAGACAAGGUAGAGGAGGCAGUUCUGGAUCGUUUGAAGCCUCUCUUGGUCAAGGCCCAGAGAGUCAAUUCUACUACAGAAGCAAAUAUUCAUUUGAAAGAUGGCUCGUCAGUAAACACAGCGAAAGCCCAGCCUGCACAGGAGGUUGCAGCUGUUGAUUUUGAAUCCAACAACAUUCGUCAGCUUGAUGAUUUUUUGGAAGAUUCUGCCAGUGAGCUCUGGGCUGUGACUCAUGCUAAGAUCUUGGGGUCUGAAACCUUAGCCACCGUUGAGGACAGCAAGGAUAGCCCAGAUCUGGAGAUCAUGAUGCGCCGAAUGGAAGAGAUGGAGAAAUACCAGGAGUCUGUUCGUCAAAGAUAUAAUAAAAUCGCAUAUGCUGAUCCUCGACUUUGGAUGCAGGAAGAAAACAAUGACCAAAAAAUCUCAGCAAUAAGUGAAAAGCCUCUGUCUCCUCAUCCAAUCAGAAUCACGAAGACAGUGGAUCGCAAGGAUCCAGCCGUGAACAUCAUGUUAGAAAGGCCCUGUAAUGGCAAUUCCCUGGAUGAAAGUGUGGGAACAGAGGAAGGAUCAGAGAAAAGAGAGGCCCCUCUUCUCUCCCUAGCCGAAGAUUCUCAACAGAAAGAAGGCCGAGCUCCCCUCUUUGUCCCACCGGGUAUGCGGCACAGCAUCGGUGACUACUGUAGUCGUUUUGAGCAGUACCUUCGGAUCAUAUCUCAUGAGGCUGUAGGCUCCUUCAACCCGUGGCUGAUAGCUGAAAGAUGGAGUCUCACUCUGUCAUCCAGACUGGAGUGCAGUGGUACAAUCUCGGCUCACUGCAACCUCCGCCUCCUGGGUUCAAGUGAUUGUCCUGCCUCAGCCUCCUGAGUAGCUAGGAUUACAGCUUUUCAGAAGAGCUGGUAGAUGAAGCUCUGGGUGCUGUGGCUGCUGAACUUCAGGAUAUGUGCGAAGAUUAUGCAGAAGCUGUGUUCACCUCAGAAUUCUUAGAGGCUGCUACAUAAAGGCUCUCUGAGGCGAGGCCCGUUGUGUCACACUGGAGAAGGGAUGGCACCACCCUUUGUUUUGGACCACAGGAAAUUUUCAUCCUCAGCUGUCCAUCCGGGCCCAGAAGGUGCUGCCCACUGAAAGGAAGGCAGUGCUGGGGAGGUCAUCCUCACUUGGCAUUUUCUUUUGUCAUGGCAAUGGUUCUGGAAAUGUAUGAUGCAAUGUAUCACACUUAUCAGUGCCCAGGCAACACAACUUGAUUAUGGCAAUAUUUUCAGAAUGUGUACUUUUCCUAUUGAAAUACCAUGUUCAUUCCUCUGGCUCAGUUUGGUGAUGAAAAUGUUUUGAAAGAUAAUCGAUACGUAUAUUUCACACAAGGAUUCAGGUUGCUGUUGAACCCUUGCUGGCAUUGAUACCAACACAAGUGCGGCUACUAGCUGGUCCCAUCGCGGGGCCCCUGUUUUGCAUCUUUGGCAAUUUCCUGUCGGGACCUCUGGCCCUACUAGGCUGUAGACUCAGGGAGAGCACAGUCUGGCUGUGCUGCCAAACCUCUCCUCUGCUGCAGUUUAUUCCAAACAGGAACCCCCUGGCUGUCAGUGCACAAUAAUAGACACGCAUUUCUUCAACGUUCCAUUCCUAGGUGAUUUUCACAUUUUUAGUUCCUCAGCAUAUUUUAUUGCUGUGCGUUGACACAAUCUGGUAUAAAAAACUUUCUCUGGAUUCAGAGGAAGUUUGAGGAAUCAGGAGAGGACCAGGCCUUCUCCUGUGCCUGGGUGAAGGUACAGACCUCGCUGUGUCUCCGAUGAGGUCAGAAGUGUCUCUGUUUCAUACCACAAAGGAACCCCAAGUGGGAGUAGGGAACAGAUGGAUGGCGCGAAGACCUCUGUGUCUCCCCAGAGAAAGGAAGAAACUUAAGAACCAUCAUAGCCUGGUCCUCCAACAUCUUACAGAUCAUGUUUUCCAAGAGAAAAGCCUGUGUUUUCAGAAACUCUGAAUUCAGAAAAAGAAACGGAAUGUGCGUAAGAAUCAGGCCACUGCCUGGAAAGACUUUCUCUCAAUUCGUAGCCUGAGGCUCAGUGAAGGAAACAUGCAGAAAGAAUGCCUGAGACGCCCCCAGGGAAUAAGGGAACUCUUUAUAACCUGUCCAGUGCUGUCAUCUGGGAUUUUUCUCUGAAGUACAAGAAUUUCAGGUGAUUUAAGCUGCUUGAUCACACUUAUUUGUGCAAAAUUGAUUUUCAUUUAAUGUUAAUGUUUUCCUGCUUAAUUUUAUAUAACUUCAGAAUGUAAAGAGCUUCAAGGUAAAUUACAAGGUGUUUAACCUGGGGAGUUAAAUGUGUACACUUGAAUUAAUAGGAGCACCUGUUGUUGCUAGUAUGAAGUAAUUUGUGUGGCAGUUUGUACUGUGCUGAUUUUUUAAAAUAAACCCAAUAUUUUAAAGUA